GCCCUGGCGCUUACGGACGGGCGAGCCGGCUGAGGGCACGGACGGGCGUCUCUGGUUGCGAGGCGGUGUUACCGCCGCGGGCCUCGGCGCGGUGCGCCCUCGGCACGAGCUGCCGGCUGCAGCAAGCAGGGGCGAGGGGUGAGGAGAGAGUAGACUAAAAACGGAAAAAAAAAUGGAGGCAGAUGUAAUUGCAGAUCUUCGAUGCAAACUCAAAGAGGUUGAAGAGGAUCGAAUAAAGGCUGCACAGUAUGGUUUACAACUGGUGGAGAGCCAGAAUGAGUUGCAGAUUCAGUUGGAUGAAUGUCGUAAUGAAAUGAUGACCAUGACUGAGAAUUAUGAACAAGAAAAAUAUACUCUUCAGAGAGAAGUUGAACUUAAGAGUCGAAUGUUGGAAAGUUUGAGCUCUGAAUGUGAAGCUAUUAAACAACAGCAAAAAACACACUUGGAGCAAUUAAAAGAACAGCUCAGCAGAAGCCAUGGACAAGAAGUAAAUGAACUAAAAAAUAAGUUAGAAAAACUGAAAGCAGAAUUAGAUGAAGCUAGGCUCAGUGAAAAGCAGCUGAAGCACAAAGUAGACCAUCAGAAGGAACUCCUUUCAUGUAAAUCAGAGGAAAUGCGAAUAAUGUCUGAGCAUGUACAUGAAAGCAUGUCUUCAGAGAUGCUGGCUCUUCAAAUUGAGCUGACUGAAAUGGAAAGUACGAAGACUACCCUCAAAGAAGAAGUGAAUGAACUACAGUACAGACAAGAACAACUAGAACUUCUUAGUACUAAUCUAAUGCGCCAGGUAGACCGGCUUAAAGAAGAAAAAGAGGAGCGAGAGAAAGAAGCAGUUUCUUACUAUAAUGCCUUAGAGAAAGCUCGUGUAGCAAAUCAAGAUCUUCAGGUGCAAUUAGACCAGGCACUCCAGCAAGCCUUGGACCCCAGUAGUAAAGGCAACUCUUUGUUUGCAGAGGUGGAAGAUCGAAGGGCAGCAAUGGAACGUCAGUUUAUCAGUAUGAAAGUCAAGUAUCAGUCACUAAAGAAGCAAAAUGCAUUUAACAGAGAACAGAUGCAAAGAAUGAAGUUACAAAUUGCCACAUUGCUACAAAUGAAAGGGUCUCAAACUGAAUUUGAGCAGCAGGAACGGUUGCUUGCCAUGCUGGAGCAGAAGAACGGUGAAAUUAAACACCUCUUAGGUGAAAUUAGAAAUCUGGAGAAAUUUAAGAGUUUAUAUGAAAGUACAGAAUCUAAGCUUUCUGCCAACUCUGGCACUCUGGAAGAUAACACCUAUUACACAGAUUUACUUCAGAUAAAGCUUGACAACUUAAACAAAGAAAAUGAAAACACUAAAGGUGAAUUGUCCAUACAACGAAUGAAAGCAUUAUUUGAGAGCCAGCGGGCUUUGGAUAUUGAGAGAAAACUUUUUGCAAACGAAAGAUGUCUCCAGCUCUCCCAAAGUGAGAAUAUGAAACUGAGAGCUAAACUAGAUGAGCUAAAACUGAAGUAUGAACCUGAAGAGAAAAGUGAAGUGCCUGUACCCAAGAAGAGGCGUGAGGUCCUGCCUAUGGAUGUAACCACCCCUAACAAUGUAUGUGCCAAAAAUGCUGUUGGGGAAGAAGAUUAUAGAUUACCCCCUCAGAAAGUGGAGGCCCAGUGCUAUCCCAGCAGUUCAGAAGAUAACAACUUGCAGUUAGAAAAGACAGUUUCUAUAAAUACACUAGGAAUCAGUCUUUCUCCUCACAAAAGCCUGCCCACGGACAUUCAGCCAAUGAAGGAAAAGAAAUGUGUGAAACUUCUAGGAGUUUCAGCUGACUCUGAAGCCUUAAGUGAAAGAAGUGGAAACACCCCAAAUUCUCCCAGGUCAGUGUCCUCUUUUCUUCAGGGCAACCAGCAGACCUCUCCAUCUCUUCUCUAUCGCUGCAUGAACUGUGCUAUCUGUUUCUUUAUCUAUUUUCUUAAUAUUGCAUGUAGUAUAAUUCCCCAGUUUCAUCUACCUUCUUUCAAUUUUUCUAAAACUUUACGAAAAACUAAAACAAUUGCAAAGGGAAAGGACUCCUGAAUAAGGGAAUUAUUUUCAAAAGUUACAUUUUGUUCUCUCAUAAAACAGAAAUAUCACAGCUUAGUACAUCUCUGAAUGUUUUGUUGGUUUGAAUAAAUUGUACAGUUGGUUAUUUUUUCCCUAGUUCAAGAGUGGCCAUGAAAGAAAAAUUAUCUCCUAAAAUGGCUUUCCAAUAGUCUAAGAAAUUUCAGCCUUCUAGAAGACUGUUAGGUGAAAUUUUUAUGGCUUUUGAAAAUGUCUGUCAUAAGUCUUUAAGAUUGAGCUUUGAUUUUGACAUUUUUAAAUAUCAAAAGUAAUUCAUUUUCAUUUUAUAUCAAAACUUCAGAACCUCCAGUUUCUACAUAUUUGAGUUUGUGACUAAAAGAGGAAGUGUCAGACAUGUAUGUUUAUAGGAAUUAACAUUUUAAGGGCCUUAUCUUUUAAAAAAAUAAUAGAGAUAGGAAGAUAAGAGAAAGUGAGUGAAAGAGAAAGGGAGGUAACAGUGGCUGAGGCUGGGGGGAAUAAAACACAAGCUCAGGGUGUGUACAGCAGGACCAAGAGUAGGGCAAAGAGAAAUGAAUGAGGAAAAUGGAGAAGGUGAUAAAAAGAUAAUGAAGAAUGUCUGUAUGCAAUGGAACAACAGAUGCAUUUAAAACAAAUAUCUUUAGACAUUUAAAAAAUUAAGCAUAGUGAAAAGAGCUUGGAUUUGAAAGGAAAUCUUUAAGGUGCUACUAGGACUAUGUGAGUUGUAGACGGGAGGGUACAGAAUAAGGCAUUUUGCUAGUGUGCAUUUCAGUUAAUACAGUCAGACGUAGCCCACCUUUGUAAAGGGCUGUUUUGUAUGUUUUAUCUGAUUUUUAUUUUUAAAGUCUUCAGUGCUACAAAGUUGGUGCUCUACAGUGAAAGCACCUCAACAAUGUGAGCUGCUGUUAUUUUUAAGAGAAGUACAGUUGACCCUUGAACAACACAAGU